AAGCGCUCUUUUUUGUCCUCGCUGGGUUCCGUAGUAGGAAUUCACAUGUGACAACAGAAGGUCAAACAUGGCUGUCUGCACCGGGCGGCUGGAUAAAUGUCUAUUUUCUUUGAGAUUACUGCGAAACAUCAACCAUCAAAAUGAACGUUCCUUGUCCAUGUCCGUGUGUCGUCUCUCCUCUGCGGGUGACAGUCAACAGCCUCCUAAAUUCACCCCUCCGCCUAAACCUGUCAUCAUUGACAAAACACAAACGGUGGCGUCUUUGCGGAAAUUCCUGAGUCCCGAGUUCAUCCCCCCGCGACAGAGAACCAACUCCCUCAAGUUCUACAUGGAGAGGAAAGACAUGAUCCGCAGGAGGACCAUGAUCAGCAUUCCUGAGUUCUAUGUUGGCAGUAUCCUCGCAGUGACCAUGGCUGACCCCAAUUCUAGUGGGAAAACAAAUCGCUUUGUCGGCAUCUGCAUCCAGAGAGGAGGGAAUGGUCUCGGAGCGACGUUUGUCCUGAGGAACAUCAUCAAUAACCAAGGUGUGGAGAUCUGCUAUGAGAUGUACAACCCGCGCAUUCAGGAGAUUCAGGUGCUGAAGCUGGAGAAGAGACUGGACGAUAACUUGAUGUACCUGAGAGACGCGCUGCCCGAGUACAGCACUGUGGACCCCAACAUGAAGCCGGCGCCUAACUCGCCCACCGGAGAGGUGCACGUCAACACGAUGAAAGUGAAGAUGAAGCCGAGACCGUGGUCCAAGCGCUGGGAGCGCCCCAAGUUCAACAUCCAGGGGAUUCGCUUUGACUUGUCCCUGUCGCCGGCGCGGAUGGAGCAUGCGCAGAAGUGGGCUCAGCCGUGGCUGGAGUACGACAUGCUGAAGGAGUACGACACGGAAGAGCUGGAGGAGAAAAUCUAUGCUGAGGUCCAGCAGGGGUUGAACAAGCCCAAAGAUGUGUGCUGAACUUUGCAGACUCAAAUCUUCCUCAUGGAUGGACAUCAGCAUCCAGACUGAGACAGUGAAUAUGGGACACUAUAAACAUGAUACAUGAUUAUUCAUACGUCUCCUCAAUGAUGGUUUUUUUUGUCACCGUUUUGGUUGAAUAAAAUGAAAGCAUUUAUGAA